AUGCCCUCUCCACUCCGACAUAUAGCGUUGAACAGAAACUCGCUAAUUCGCACUCGACAUGGAAAAGCUAGAUUCAUAAAAAGGGGGAUAUCUAACCAAUCUCCACAAUCGCCAUCGCCGCCGCCGUCGCUGUCGUAUAAAAGGCAAAAGGAAUUAAACCUUUUCGCACGAUUCGAGAGACGAGCUCCUCGUACGACGCAGCUGCACGAUGUUUUAUCCUCAUCGUCGACCACUUCUAAACUUCCAUCUGCAUCUCAGCCGCAAUCUCACCCGUCUGCCAAUGAUGAAUUGGAUAAAAGGGUGGACAAAGGAGAUUCAUUCAAAAGUACUUCUACAACACCUACUGCAACUUCUUUCCAAGAGAUUCCAUCCACCAAUGAAGGCAUCCAAAUCGUCGACACUCUGCCAGCGAUGAUAAAUGUUCCUACACCUAUACCCAACAAGACCUUAGGCAAGGAAGUUGAGAUACAAGGUAUCGUUGUUCCUCCUAAACCGAUACCACCAGGUGAAGAAGAAUGCUGCAUGUCAGGAUGUGUUAAUUGUGUGUAUACGAUAUAUGCCGAUGAUCUCGAAAUCUAUACAUCCGCUGUUGAAUCAGCUAGAAAAGCAUUAACGAAAGCGAAUGUAAACGAAAAAGAUUGGCCUGAACAAGUGAGGUCCCCAACUAGUGAGGAGAAGAGUAAGGAAAAUAUAGAACGUGAAGUGGAUCCUGUAAUGAGUGCUUUCUUAGCUCUAGAGAAUAAAUUGAAAAAGAAAUGA